AUGGUCAAGCCGGCUGGCAGUGUUUUCCUAAAACUGGUUGCCUUCGCCCUGCUGCUGCAAUGGGGUGGGGCAAACAAACCGAAUUUCGUCAUCAUACUCACGGACGACCAGGAUAUCACACUUGGCGGCAUGACACCAAUGCAGAAAGCGCAGUCCCUAAUUGGAGACAUGGGAGUUACAUUUAACAAUGCGUUUGUUACAACUCCUGUUUGCUGCCCAAGCAGAACAUCAAUUAUCAGUGGACUUUACCAGCACAAUCAUAGAACAGUUAACAACACAGAGGAAGGAAACUGUUUUGGAGAAAGAUGGAGAGAGGAGGUUGAGCCAUAUGCAUUUCCUACAGUUCUAAAUUCAGAUGGCUAUAGAACAUUUUAUGCAGGAAAAUAUCUCAAUAUGUAUGGGUAUACAAGUGAAGGUGUCACACAUGUACCUCCUGGAUGGGAUUGGUGGAUUGGACUUGUUGGUAAUUCUCAGUACUACAAUUACAGCCUCUCUGUGAAUGGCACUGAAGUAAAGCAUGGAGAUUCAGAGGAAGAUUAUCUAACAGAUUUGAUUACUUCAUACAGCUUGGAUUUUCUAAGACAGAGUGACAUUCUCUCUUCUGGGUUCAUGAUGAUGCUGUGCCCCCCUUCUGCACAUGCUCCUUUCACACCUUCCAAAAAGUAUACAGACUAUUUCAGGAAUGUUACAGCUAUGAAAACACAGAACUUCAAUCUCCCUGUUGGUGAGGAUAAACACUGGCUUUUACGCAUGUCACCCAGUGUCUUACCAGAAUCUACACUGGAAAUACUAGAUGCACAUUAUCGCAACCGCUGGGAAACUUUACUAUCAGUGGAUGAUCUAAUAGAAAGUGUAAUAAUGGAGCUUGAAUCAUUAGGAGUGUUAGACAAUACUUACAUAAUAUAUACUUCAGACCAUGGUUUUCAUAUAGGUCAGUUUGCAAUGCCUUGGGACAAACGACAGCCCUAUGAGUUCGAUAUUAGGAUUCCUCUUCUGGUGAGGGGACCUGGUGUACCAAAGGGCCAGAUUAUAUCUGAUCCAGUAUUAAACAUAGACAUUGCACCAACUGUUAUUGACAUUGCAAAUCUUUCAUCUCUGGUGGAACUGGAUGGCAAAUCAUUUAAGGAAUCCUUAGCAGGCCAGAACACAACUGGGAGAGAAUUUGUAAUAGAAUAUGUAGGUGAGGGAUCUGAUCUCACUGUUGAUGAAGAAUGCCCUCUAGUGCUGGAUAAUAAGCUCAUGUAUUGCUCCGUCGAUGGUUCUUGUAAAUGCCAGGAUUCACGUAAUAACACUUAUAGCUGUCUGCGGCGUAUAUCAGCUGCAGAAAAUAUCCUGUACUGCCAGUUUGAUGAUGAUGAGGCUUUCAAGGAAGCAUAUGACAUCAAUGCAGACCCAGAUCAAUUAAACAACUUAGCAUACCAGCUGAGUGCAGAUGUAGUGAGUGAAUAUGAAAGUACACUGCAGUACAUGUCCACAUGUGCAGGAGCAGCAUGCAACAGUCCACCAAAACAAUGAGAGUGCUGCACAGUUGUACAAUGAUGUGCAAAAUAAAUACAAUUUUUACGUAAUAAUAAA